AUGGUAGGUUUUCAGAGAAGUGGAUCCUGCACUCUGCGACCUCUGCUCUGGCUUCUGCUCCUCGCAGCCUGGGAGGCAGGGAGCGGCCAGCUCCACUACUCCGUCCCAGAGGAGGCCAAACACGGCACCUUCGUGGGCCGCAUCGCGCAGGACCUGGGGCUGGAGCUGGCGGAGCUGGUGCCCCGCCUGUUCAGGGUGGUGUCCAAGGACCGCGGGGACCUUCUGGAGGUAAAUCUGCAAAAUGGCAUUUUGUUUGUGAAUUCUCGGAUCGACCGGGAGGCUCUGUGCGGGCGGAGCGCAGAGUGUAGCAUCCACCUGGAGGUGAUCGUGGACCGGCCGCUGCAGGUUUUUCACGUGGAGGUGGAGGUGAGGGACAUUAAUGACAACCCGCCAGUGUUUCCUCUUAGAGAACAAAGGCUGCUGAUUUAUGAAUCCAAGCAACCAGACUCGCGUUUUCCGCUAGAGGGAGCGUCAGAUGCGGACAUAGGGGAGAAUGCUGUGUUGAUCUACAGAUUAAGUCAAAACGAGUAUUUUUCUUUAGAAUCACUAACAAAUAGCAAGCAGACUAAAAGACCGUCGCUUAUAUUAAAGAAGACCCUGGAUCGAGAGACAACCCCGGAACUUAAUUUGCUACUGACAGCCUCAGAUGGGGGAAAGCCGGAACUCACCGGCACCGUUCAGCUUUGGGUUCGUGUUUUAGAUGUUAAUGACAAUGACCCGGAGUUUGAUCAUUUAGAAUAUAAGGUAAGAAUAAUGGAAAAUGCCGCUAAAGAAACUCUUGUCAUAAAGUUAAACGCUACAGAUCGAGACGAAGGUGUGAACGGGCAGUUGGAGUACUCUUUGAGGUCAAUCAAGCCCAGUGGAAGGUCUUUAUUUACACUAGAUGAAAACAGCGGGGAAUUGAGGGUCAAUGGAACUUUGGAUUAUGAAGAAAACAAGUUUUAUGAAAUUGAAGUGCUGGCCACGGAUAAGGGGAACCCCCCAAUGGUAGGCCACUGUACAGUCUCUGUAGAAAUCUUAGACGCCAAUGACAACGCCCCCGAACUGACACUGACUUCCCUGUCCCUCCCAGUAAGAGAGGACGCCCAGCCAAACACAGUCAUUGCUUUAAUUAGCGUAUCUGACCCUGAUUCUGGUGUCAAUGGCCAAGUGACCUGCUCUCUCACGCCCAACGUCCCCUUCAAGAUCGUAUCCACUUUUAAAAACUAUUAUUCCCUGGUAUUGGAUAGCAGUCUGGACCGCGAGAGGGUGCCAACCUAUCAUUUGGUGGUGACCGCCCGGGACGGCGGCUCGCCCUCGCUGUGGGCCACAGCCAGCGUGUCCGUGGAGGUGGCUGACGUGAACGACAACGCGCCCACGUUCGCACAGCCCGAAUACACGGUGUUCGUGAAGGAGAACAACCCGCCUGGCGCGCACAUCUUCACGGUGUCGGCCAUGGACGCGGACGCGCAGGAGAACGCGCUGGUGUCCUACUCGCUGGUGGAGAGGAGGGUGGGCGAGCGCUUGCUGUCUAGCUAUGUGUCUGUGCACGCGGAGAGCGGCAAGGUGUUCGCGCUGCAGCCUCUGGACCAUGAGGAGCUGGAGCUGCUGCAGUUCCAGGUGAGCGCGCGGGAUGCUGGUGUGCCUUCCCUGGGCAGCAAUGUGACUCUGCAGGUGUUUGUGUUGGACGAGAACGACAAUGCGCCCACGCUGCUGCCCCACGGAGCGGUCAGAGCCGGUGGAUCUGUGAGCGAGCUUGUGUCUAGGUCAGUGGGUUCAGGGCACGUAGUGGCGAAGGUGCGAGCAGUGGAUGCAGAUUCUGGUUACAACGCGUGGCUGUCUUAUGAGCUGCAGUCGGCGGCAGGGGGCAUGCGCAGUCCGUUCCGCGUGGGUCUGUACACGGGUGAGAUCAGCACAACGCGUCCUCUGGAUGAGGCGGAUGCGCCUCGACAGACUCUAUUGGUGCUGGUGAAGGACCACGGAGAGCCUGCACUGACAGCCACUGCAACUCUGUUAGUGUCUCUAGUGGAAAGCGGCCAGGCGCCGAAGACCUUUUCACAGACUUCAGGGCGCGCUUCAGUCCCGGAGACCUCGCUGGUGGAUGUCAACGUGUACCUGAUCAUCGCCAUCUGCGCGGUGUCCAGCCUGUUGGUGCUCACCCUGCUGCUGUACACCGCGCUGCGCUGCUCGGCGACGCCCACGGAGGGCACGUGUGGGCCGGGGAAGCCCGUGCUGGUGUGCUCCAGCGCGGUGGGGACCUGGUCAUACUCGCAGCAGAGGCGGCAGAGGGUGUGCUCUGGAGAGGGUCCGCCCAAGACCGACCUCAUGGCCUUCAGCCCCAGCCUACCCCCCAACCUGGAUAGAGAUGAAAGGGAAAGACAGGAGUCAGAAUCAAAUCACCCCGGACAGGUGAGUUUUUGA